GUUGUGAUGUUGUGCUGGACUGGCUACGAAAGACAUACUGGAGCCGUCAGCUGGGUAAUAACUUGUGUGAAGAAAGUGAGGGCGAGGAUGAGGAAGAGGAGCAGGAAGAGGUGGAAGCAAAUGCAGAGCUGGACAAUGAUGCAUGGGAGAUUCGAACCCCACAGCAUGAGGCCCAUCAGAAACACAAAGAAUUCCAUGAAAAAGUCAGAGAUGUACUGAUAUCCUACAAGAAUGAGCAGUUUCGGGUUAUGCAGACUGCACAGUCUGUUUCAAAGUCUCGAGAAGUGUGGUCUGAUUCUUCUUCAGAAGUGGACUGGAUUUUGGCUCAGAUCAAAGACCUGAUGCAAGAGAACAGGGAGACAGUGGCUGAAGCUCUUCUCAGUGAUGGCUUUCUCAUCCCAAAGAUGGAUUGUCUGAAGAUGCUAAAUAUUAAGUAUGAAGCAAAUAAGGAGGUAUUGCAGUUCAAAAUUCCUCAGGCGUUUUACUGCUUUUGGCAGCCUUUGCUGACAGGCCUCCUUUCCCAAAGUUUUACACAGAUCCUAGUAGAGAAAAUGUUUAUGGAGCUGAAGGAAUGUUAUGAUUCUUCAGAACUCCGACCUCGGUUCUUGGUCAACUGGAUUUCUGAGAUGCUCACUGGCAUUGCCAAAGUAAAUGCUGGUGAGUAUGUCUGGAACUUCUGGAAGAAAAGACAACAGUGUAACAAACAGGUGUCUGUGAAGGAUCUCUUCCUCCAUAAAGUUCCUUUGCAGUGGACAAGAUUGACUGAUAAUUGCUUGGAAGCUCCCUGCUGGGCCACUCCACACCUUCUUCAGCUGAUCCUCACAAUCAUGACACCUCGCUUGCCACGUUCUUCACGGAAGAACCUUCUCUAUCUCGCGUCUGUGUACACGGAAGGAGCUGGCCCUUUGUCCAGCCCAGGCCUCUCCUCAGACUGCAGUGAACAGCCAAUUUACACGAUAGAGAGCUUACAGUGGAGGGCCAGGCAAGACAAUCAGGUUAAAACUCAAGGACAUACUGUAGAGAAACAAGAAGAUAUGCUGGAGAGAGAUGAUGGUGCAGAGGAGAUGGAGGAGGAGGAAGAAGAGAUGGCAACUGAAACAAAUCCUUUGGAAGGACUUGCUCAUUCUGGUCACAUGGUGGCUAUUGCUGAGAAAAGGGCAGCACUGCAAGGGUCCGCCUGGCAGAUCACUGCAGACGAAGUUCGGUGGAAAGACUUUCCUCUUGGGAAACUCCCAGGUCAAACAGAUGACCCUGAUGGUCUCAUGUUGAAUAGUUACUCCAUGAUGUCCCUGCCUGAUCAGCCAGUGAGAGAUGAGUGGCAGUCUCCCAACACAAAGUGA